UUUGUAUUAACGUAAGCGACAUAACUUCUUUUGUGUGAAAAUGUCGUCCGACGAGGAAUCGGAUGAAAUCGAAGAUCAAGAAAAAUUAGAAGAAAAAGUAGACUUUACAUCGUCCAGACAGGCCAAAAAAGAAGCAAGACUUAAUCAAAUUAUUUUCGAAAACGAACAUAAAGCCAAAAUAAGAAAAGUUUCAAAAAUAUUAAAGAAAAAAGACCAUGAUAUAACAGAUGAAGAUAAAGAUAUUUUGACACAAUCUCCAGAAAUAACUAAUCGAUUGGUUAAAUUAAAAGAAAGGAGAGGAGCAUUAAAACAAAGAGUAUUAGAGAUUGAAGAUCCUGCUGAAGAACUUGAGUUGAAAUGUGAAGAACUAGCUGAAGCCAUAAGACAUUCCAAUAAAGUAGUUGUAUAUACAGGUGCUGGUAUUAGUACAGCAGCCUCUAUACCAGAUUACAGGGGACCAAAUGGAGUUUGGACACUGCUACAAAAGGGGCAACAACCCAAAGCUCAAGAUUUAUGUGAUGCCAAGCCUACUUUGACACAUAUGAGCAUCAAGAAGUUACAAGAUGAAGGACAUGUAUCACAUGUUGUAUCUCAAAAUUGUGAUGGUUUACACAUGAGAAGUGGUCUGAACAGAAGAAAAUUAUCAGAAAUCCAUGGAAAUAUGUACAUAGAGAUUUGUUACAGUUGCCGGCCACAUCAAGAGUACAUCCGACUAUUUGAUGUGACUGAGAAGACAGGGGUGAGACGUCACCAGACAGACAGGAAUUGUCAUACCUGUAAACAGCCACUUAAGGAUACUAUAGUACACUUUGGAGAGAAGGGAGGGAUGAAAUGUCCAUACAGAUGGAAAGAGGCUGCAAAAGCUGCAGAUAGAUGUGAUAUAAUCCUAUGUUUAGGAUCUAGUCUCAAGAUACUGAAAAAAUACUCAUGUUUGUGGUGUAUGGACAGAAACAAGAAGAACCGACCCCAAUUGUAUAUAAUAAACUUACAGUGGACACCAAGAGAUGAUGCUGCUACUACAAAAAUCAAUGGUCGAUGUGAUGAUGUAAUGAGACAAGUGAUGAGGCAUCUUGGGUAUUCCAUACCUGAGUAUUUUGAGGAAGAAGACCCAUUAUUUUCUCUUGCAACAUCUCUUCAUGAAAAAGAAAAUGACACAACAAGUAAAAAGAUUCUGCUAAAACCAGACAUUGAUGAUAUUACUAGACAUAGAAAUUUAGUUGAUGCAAAUCGUAGAAAUUCAAUAGAAUCUGAAAGGAAUAAGAAUUUAGCAAGAUUAAGUAACACAAAUUUGACUGAUGUAAAAAUAUUUCCUUCAAGUUCUGUUGCAGGAAGUUCAACAAAUUAUUCCGUGGGAAUAAAUACUCAGGAAAAAAUGAAUACAGAAUUAACUGUUGUAAAAACGGAGAAGAUUCAUGAUCAAAAUCAUUUUAUUCAUAAUCCUUUAGAUCAUUCAUUAAUUCACCAUAACCAUGCUCUUAAAACAGCGCUGGAAAAAACUCAUACCGAGAAUUUCUACCGCUAUAAUGCAAUGUGGGCAAAAUCGCCAUUAAAUCCUUACAAUCCAUAUUCUUUACCUCCAUUUCUACCUGGGGUGCCAAACGGUAGACAACAAAUAAAGUUUGGUGAAGUUGCAUUCCAGAAAUAUGUCGAUCAAGGGGAUAAUCAAAGGAAGGAGGUCAAAGUUGAACCAAUUAUAGAUUUAACAACAUUUGCUGGAAAGAACCCUAAGCUGGAAAACAACAGUGCCAAAAAUAAUAAAGUAAAAAACAAUUGUACUAAUUCUCAUGGCAAAAUGAGAUCACCAGAAGAAUUACAAAACAUAGAUUCUAGAAGCAAAACGGUAACUGUUCCUUGUAAAGAAAAGUGUGCUGCUAGUCCCCGAAAAUCAAAAACAAAUUCAAUCCUAAAUAACGAAAAAUGUAGUCCGGAUGGAAAGGGUGAUUCAAAAAUAGGACACUCAGAACCUAUAUCUAAUUCUACAACUGUUACACAAAGCAGUAGAGGAAGAAGGGUUAGGAAAUCAUUCUGUCCAAACUGUCACGGUGUUAGUGGUGACUGUCCGUGUACUGUACUAGAAUCUGUAAAGAAAAGAAAACCACCAGCGUGUGGUAAAUGUGAAAAACAUCCAUGUACUUGUCCAAAAACAACAACUCCAACUAUUUGUCUACUAUGUAGAAAUCCUCUCAAUAAAUGUGAAUGCAAAACAAACAUUAAGGAACAUCCUUCCAAAUGUAGUGCAUGUGGAUUGUCAAAAACAUCAUGUAAAUGUCAGUCCUCCAAAUGUUGUGCAUGUGGAUUGUCAAAAACAUCAUGUAAAUGUCAGUCCUCCAAAUGUAAUGCGUGUGGAUUGUUGAAAACAUUGUGUAAAUGUCAGUCUUCCUUCAACAAUAAGCUAAUGCCGUGCCAGUUUUGUAGACACACUCCAGAUAAAUGUAAGUGUGCUCAGAAUGGCCAAACAUAUUUAUUGCUGUGUCCAAUUUGUCAUCAGCAUAAACAUCUGUGCAAAUGUGUGCUAAAUCAUACCUCUUCCUUUACUCAGGGUGCAAAUGUGCCAAAUUUUACAAACUUGUCUAAUUUACCAAUGGCACCUUUAAUGCCAUUUUUUGACUAUGCAAAAUUUGCAUUUCCAAUGAACAAUAUUUCGCCGCUUUACAUGCCGCAAGUCUUUCAGAAUAAUCUUAUGAAUGGUCUGCUACCAAGCAAUUAUUUAAAUGCUUUGUUGCCAGGUAACAGUGUUAAUCCUAUGUUACCUAGCAAUGGAUUAACUGGUUUCCAGUCAGAUAAAGUUCUAAAUGGAACAUAUAGUGCUAGAAAUGUCAAUAGUUUGGUACCAGUUAAUCAUAUGACUAAUGCAUUGAAGGUAGAACCAAUAUUACAAGAUCAUUCAUACUUAAAUAAAGAACAGAUGCAAUCAUUGUCUCCUAACUGUGAUAAAAAUUACCAAAGAUCUCAAAAUGAGAAACAGACAGUUGAAAGUGUAUCUUCAAAGACGGGUCUGAAGACUGAAGAAAGUAAACCUACAAGAACAGGUCUGACGACUGAAAGUAUAUCACCAAGAACAGGUCCUUCGACUGAAAGUAUAUCACCAAGACCAGGUCUGACGACUGAAAGUAUAUCACCAAGAACAGGUCUGAAGAGAAGCUAUAGUUAUAUAGAUGACAUUCAGAAAGAAGAAGAGGACAUUGUUUCAGAAACUACUCCAAGAAAAAUUGAUUUAAAUCAUUCCAAGAGCCAGAAAAAAGAGCCUGUAGCAAUUAAAAGUACAGAACCAUCAAAUCCUAUUGUUAUAGAUAUUGAAGAUGAAACUGAACAAUGUGAAGGUGAAAAGGAAGGUCAAGGUGAUAACGAAAAAGAAGAUCAAGAAAAACCUAAACUAAUGAGGAGCAUGUCAGUUCCAGCAUGUCCAGGAUGGUUCGGGAAAGGUCUUAAUCUUCGAAAGAAGCGUAGAUAGUAACAAAUGAUAUUUAAUGUAUUUUUCUAUACAAAAUGUUUAUAUUCAAGUCAUUCAGGGAUUUUUGUAAUAAUUUAUAAAAAUAUGUUUUUUGUGUUUUAAUGUAUGGAAGUUUGGUUUGAAUUGUUUACAAUGAUUGUAUGUUUAAUUUUCAUGAUAAAAAGAAGAAAAUACUGUAAACCAAUUAAUUUUUUCGUGUGUAGAAAAAUUUUGCGAAUAUAAAUAGUCUUGGAACAUCAUCAAAAUUGGAAAAUAGUUAAAAACAAAUAACUUUGAAUCCAGCAAGUUAAGGCUUAGUAAAAAGAGUACACAGAAAUUAUUUAUUUUCAAAGUUAUUAAUUUUUGGUAUUGAUAAAACUGGCAUGCUGCCGUGCAGAAUUAAUUGUAUUGAAUUAUUAACAAUAUAAAUAACCAACAGUACAGCCUACUGGGUAGGUUAUGGUAAGAUAUAAAGAAUUUACCUGUUACUAUGAGGGUGUAGCAUUAUGUAUUUGUAGUUAAUGUGCACAUUUGGGCAUGACUUUUUAGUUGUACCUCUCAACUGAUAUGGUUUAUACAUCUUGAACUAGAGAGACAGAGGCUCUAGUACUCCUUAUUAGGUCACCACGUAACAUUUAAAAAAUCCCUCUGUCACCAUAUCUCUAAAGCUAAUAAAAUACAAUAUUUUUAAAGGUCACAAGUCCUGUAAAAUGAGAUGUCAGGCUUCAAAAACCGCUGCAAAAUUUCAGGUUUGAUUGGACCAUGUUAAAAGCAUGCAAGGUCGCAGGUUAGUUAGGUUAGACUAAGUUGAAAGGUUGCAAGGUCUUUGAUUAGUGCAUCCACAGCUGCAAAAGGACUAUGUGUGUUCAGAAAGCAUGCUGGCAUUUUCUCACAUGUAUAUAUAUAUUGUCUCAGAUCAAAUAUCACUGUACAGCAUUAUACAUUUUUAUGCAUGUUAUUAUGGGCAUAAGAUAUUGUAAGUUAUAUCUGCAAAUAAGUACAUGUAGUACAGAGAUUUAUGGGUAUGCAACAAGAUCACAUAAUAGGGUCGAAUUUAUUUUUAAAACAGGAUUAUUCUUUUAUUAAUAAGUGAACAUAGAAAUAUAUGAGUGCCUGUACAGCAGGUAAAUUUGACAAAUUAACUGCUACUUAUGCGAAAUACUGUAAAUUAAGAAAUUAUUGCAUGCAUUUAUUAUUGCUUUUUUUAGAGAAUGGACGUCAGAUUGAUAAUUUUGAUUUCUGUGAAAUCUGCAUACAGCUCUUUCUAUUUUUGUCGAGCCUUCGACUUUAGUCGAAAAAGCGAGACUAAGCGAUCCUACAUUCCGUCGGCGGCGGCGGCGGCGUCCACAAAUAUUCACUCUGUGGUUUAAGUUUUUGAAAUUUUAAUAACUUUCUUAAAACUAUACUGGAUUUCUACCAAACUUGGACAGAAGCUUGUUUAUGAUCAUUAGAUAGUAUCCAGAAGUAAAUUUUGUAAAAAUAAAAUUCCAUUUUUUCUGUAUUUUACUUAUAAAUGGACUUACUUUUUACUGCGGGGAAACAUAACAUUCACUCUGUGGUUAAAGUUUUUAGAAUUUUAAUAACUUUCUUAAACUACACUGGAUUUCUACCAAACUUGGACAGAAGCUUGUUUAUGAUCAUUAGAUAGUAUCCAAAAGUAAAUUUUGUAAAAUUGAAAUUCCAUUUUUUCCGUAUUUUACUUUUAAAUAUGGAUUUAGUUUUUUCUGCGGGGAAACAUUACAUUCACUCUGUGGUUAAAGUUUUUAGAAUUUUAAUGACUUUCUUAAACUAUCCUGGGUUUGUACCAAACUUGGACAGAAGCUUAUUUAUGAUCAUAAGAAAGUAUCCAGAAGUAAAUUUUGUAAAAAAAUAAAUCCAUUUUUUCCGUAUUUUACUUUUAAAUGGACUUAGUUUUUCUGCGGGGAAACAUUACAUUCACUCUGUGGUUAAAGUUAUUAAAAUUUUAACAUCUUUCUUAAACUAUCCUGGGUUUGUACCAAACUUGGACAGAAGCUUAGUUAUGAUCAUAAGAUAGUAAGAUCCAGAAGUAAAUUUUGUAAAAAGAUAACUCCAUUUUUCUGUAUUUUACUUUUAAAUGGACUUAGAUUUUCUUCCAGUUAACAUUACAUACAGUCUGCAGUUAAAGUUUUCAAAACAUUUAUUAGAUUCAUUAACUAUCCUAGAUUUUUACCAAACUUGGACAGAAGCUUCAUACAAUCAUAAGAUAGUAUCAAGAGGAAUAUUUUUAUUGAUUUUUUUCCUCACUUUUGUUGAGCCUGCGAUUUACAGCAAAAGUAGGCGAGACACUGGGUUCCGCGGAACCCUUACAAAUUUUUGAUUAAGAAUGCAAGUUCUUAUUUUUGCAUUACUUACCCGGUUGCAUUGUUCACAUUAAUAAAAAUGUUAUAAUUUCUGAAUUUACAGUAUGUAUUAUGAUGCAGUCAUUGCAAAACAUAAUAUACCUCACCACUUACUGAAUUAUCCAUGACAUAAGAAGUACUUAUCUUUAAUCACUCUUGCACAUCUGGACAUCUGACAAUUAUUAAAAACUUUCUUUUUAUGCCCCAUUUAUGGGCAUUAUGUUUUCUGGUCUGUGCGUCUGUUCGUUCGUUUGUCUCUUCGUCUGUUCAUCUUGGUUCAGGUUAAAGUUAUUGGUCAAGGUAGUUUUGAUUAAGUUGAAGUCCAAUCAUUUUGAAACUUAGUAAACAUGUUCCCUAUGAUAUGAUCUUUCUAAUUUUAAUGCCAAAUUUAUAGAGAUUUUCCCCCAUUUUCACAGUCCAUUAAACAUAGAAAAUGAUUGUGCGGAUGGGGCAUCCGUGUACCACUCAGGGGCAUUACUUAAACAAGCUAUUUUUUUUAAUUACUUAUAUAAGUAAUUUUUUAUUUUGAAAAUAAUAAAAUUACUUAUUAGAGUUAUUUUAAUUUUCAAUAGAAACAUAGACUAAAUGUAGUUUUCAUGAUUUUAAACAACAUUUUAUAUCAUAAAAUAAAGAAUUUAUCAGAUUUAAGAGGAGUAUAGAGAUAAAGGGUUACUUUGAAAAUAAUGACAAAAAUAUUACUUGAAUAAGUUAUUUUUAACAUUUUUGAAAAAAAUUGCAAUUACACUUAUCUAAGGCACAUAUGUAAUUGAUUUAGGUUACAAAUUAUAAAUAAUUUCAUGUCUUAAUUAAUUCACUAGUAUCUAUCUAUUUAUAUCAGUCUACCUUCAAGAUUUUAGAGGAAAAUGAUAAAUUAAUAGUCCCAAGAGACCAAUCUUUGACCCAGAAGCGUUGGUAUCAAAGAUAAGUGCAUCGGAAAGUUAACUAGUGUUUCUGAAGAAUUAGUUUUUAUAUAUCAAGGGGAAAAUAACCAGAUAACUGUGAAAAUUAUUUAAAGCUAGUAAAAUCUGUAUUCUUGGACACCUAUAAAAAUAAUAUUCAGAAAAAUAACUUAUAUAAGUUAUAUUUAAAUUAGCCUCGUUUUCAACAUUACUUGUAUAGGUAAUUUUAAUUGUUACUUGUUUAAGUAAUGCCCCUGACUGUGUACUGGGGACACAUUCUUGUUUAAAUAUAAAUAUACAUGUACUAUAAUGCUGAGUCAUAUGGCUUUCACAUUUACAUGUUAUGUUUGUGCAUGUAAUCACAAAAAGGACCUCAUUAACAGGCUUACACAAAAACUUCUCAAGCAAGAGUUGUGAGGAAUAGGUACUUAAAUUGAUAAGUUGAUGCUACACAUGCUUAAAGGUCACUAUCACAAAUUGGUUGCCUGAUAAAAUGUCUCAAAUUUGUUUUAUGCUUUCACAGUUCUACAAUUUACUUUUAGAUACUAAUUCAUUUGUCUGCUCUGCAGUUUUACAAAUGUGUCCUAGACUACUAUUCCUCAUUUUGACAUUUUGACAUUUGACAGGUCAAACAUGCAUAGUAGGAGGCAAUUACAAUGUUGGGGCACCAGUUCUUCCUCUAUUUGGAGUUCAUGCAAUGCCUCAGUUUUGUUUAUCUUUAUGUUUACGGUAUCUUCUGAAUGGAUUUUUUUUAAAUAGUUUUAUGUAAUUUAUAUUCUGCUGCACAGUAGGUCACACAUAUCAGUGUGUUAGCAGUAUAAGUAAAACAUAAUUUGCUAAUUCUUAAGGACCAAUAAUAUGUGGGAGGGUAGAAAAGUGCAUUAUAUGGAGACUUUUUAUUUUGGUAAAUGGUUCAAGCUGGCCUAGUUUCAGGCUAUUUAGAUAUUUAUCUGUUGUGGAUUGUAGGUUGGUAUUGAAAUGAAGUAAUAUUUUUCUACAAGAAAAUUGGUCUGUGACGAUUUAUAGAUAUAUACUUGCUAGUCUGAGUUUGGGUGUGCAAUUUUCAUGUUUUCUAUAUGGACCGUGCUCUCAUUUCCCGUGAGCCCAACAAGUCCAAAACAUCUCAGAGCAAAUCUUAGACUAAUUUUAGUUAUGGUUGAGGAUCUAGAUCAGAAUUUAGGAACUUACUAUUACUGAUAAUUUUGUACAUUUCUUAAUGUGAAGAAUAGACAAAAAUGAAAUGAUUUUUUGCAAUUUCAUGAUAAUCUGCAUACUCAUAUAUGUACCAGAUAUCAGAAUUAGAGUUUGCAAUACUGCGCCCAAUGGUAUUAUUUGCAUGAAUUAAACCUUGCAAUUAUUUCUGAAUUUACAGUAACUUUUUGUAUCUCAAUUUAAAAUUUCUAGACAAAUGUACUUUUCUUAUCUGCAAUCUACAUUUUCUAAUGCAUAGAAUUUGUUGUAUUAUAUAAUACCAGGUAGUUUUCAAAUUCAUCGUUUUGUAUUGUGUAAACCAAGAUCAUUCAAAAAGUUUAACAGUUGGUGAAUUAUUUCCUUGUUUUUUGUAUAUUCAUAACAAUAACAUGUUUUUGGGGUGUAGAAGACUUUUGUAAUUAUUUGAUGAUAUGGUUGAAAGUGUAUAUUGAUUAGUUUGUGAAGUAUAUUUUGUAAAUCAAGUUGCAAUAUUUGUACAAGAGUUUACAUUAUUUAUUUAUGUAAAAUAGGAUGCAGAAUGUAUUUAUAUGGUAUAGUAUGUUGUAUUGAGUGGUUGCAAACUUUUGUUUUUGGAAAAUUUUGAAAUAAAAC